AUGACGAUCACUCUUUACGGCGCCUACCAAUCUACUUGUACCAAACGAGUGUUAGCAACACUUCAUGAAAAAAAUAUCGAAUUUGAAUUUCAUCCAAUCGAUAUAACGAAGGGUGAACAAAAGGAUCCACGAUACAUCGAGGAGAAACAGCCAUUUGGCGUUAUUCCAGUGUUGACCGACGGCGAUUUUCAAAUUUAUGAAUCCCGUGCUAUCUGUCGUUAUUUGGAAUCAAAAUAUAAGAGCAAGGGUACUGAACUGAUUCCAGCGAAUAUUAAAGGAUUGGGGCAUUUUGAACAAGCUGCAUCCAUUGAAUCAUCCUACUUCGACCCUUAUGCCAGUGGAAUCGUAUUUGAGAAAGUCUUUAAAAAGCGAAAGGGUCUGGGAGAGCCAGAUGAGACAAAAGUAGCUUCACUCAGAGCACAGUUAAAUACUAAUUUGGAUGUCUAUGACAAGAUAUUGGCUAAGCAGCCAUACCUUGGUGGACAAGAAUUUACGUUGGCUGAUCUAUUUCAUCUACCAUACGGUGCACGUCUUGUUGCUUGUGGCGAAGGUAGUCUUUUCGAAUCACGACCUAAUGUCAAAGCAUGGUGGAGCAAAAUAACUUCACGGCCAUCAUGGAUAGCCGUCAAAGAUUUAGCAUAA